UCGUAUCGAACGUAGUGUGCUGCUUAAGCACAUAUUUGAACGUACCGUUUCUCUGUCCAAUUUCUUAUGCAAGUGGGAACGACUGAUCGGUGUGGAAGUCAUAGUUAACACGUAGCCGGCGUUUGACGUGUCUUAGCCUCCUAGCCUAGGCUUAGUAAUUCGGUAAUUUGUUGCUGGCUGCUUGAUUUGCAACGUGCCGGAUGGAAACAAAUGUAAAUAUGUUCCUGGGAAAUGUUUGGUAAAAGCUAACGGAAAUAUUUCUCAUUACGUUCAUAAAUUUCAAAAAAAUAUGUUGCCAAAUAGAUCAUCCACGACAAAUACCAGAAAAGAUAUGUUCCCCGAUAAGAAAACUACAUCGAAGCAAAUGAAAACUUCUACGUUAACGAACGCUGCAGGACUUAGUUCCCUCAUUACUUUUACUGUUUUGCUACUUGCAUGGAUUUCAGGAUUUGCCUCUCGGCUUUUUGCAGUAAUACGUUUCGAAAGUAUCAUACACGAAUUCGAUCCUUGGUUUAACUACAGAGCAACAGCGUAUAUGGUACAACAUGGAUUUUAUAAUUUCUUGAACUGGUUCGAUGAAAGAGCAUGGUACCCAUUGGGACGUAUUGUGGGUGGAACCGUUUACCCUGGAUUAAUGAUCACUUCUGGGUCGAUACAUUACAUAUUACAUUCAUUAAAUAUUCCAGUGCAUAUAAGAGACAUUUGUGUAUUCUUAGCUCCAAUUUUUAGUGGCCUUACAGCCAUUUCUACGUACUUAUUAACAAAAGAGAUAUGGAGUGCUGGAGCUGGUUUAUUUGCAGCAUGCUUCAUUGCAAUUGUACCUGGUUACAUUUCAAGAUCUGUAGCUGGAAGCUAUGACAAUGAAGGCAUAUCUAUAUUUGCUUUGCAAAUUACAUAUUAUCUAUGGGUUAAAUCAGUUAAAACUGGUUCCAUUUUCUGGGCUUCAAUGACUGCUCUGUCCUACUUUUAUAUGGUAUCUGCAUGGGGCGGUUAUGUUUUCAUCAUUAAUUUAAUUCCAUUCCAUGUUUUUGUACUACUGGUUAUGAACCGAUUUAGUAAUCGUCUAUUUACUAGUUACACUACAUUUUAUAUAUUGGGACUUCUGUUAAGUAUGCAAGUACCAUUUGUUGGUUUCCAACCAAUAAGAACAUCGGAGCAUAUGGCUGCAGGGGGUGUAUUUGGUUUAUUAAUAUUUGUAGCAACCCUCAGGUAUUUGAAAACUGUACUUACUAAAUCUGAAAUGAAAUAUUUUGGAGGAAUAGUUGCAGUAACUGCUGGCAUUCUUCUUGUGAUUUUGAUCUGUUUGACUUAUGCUGGUAUUGUUGCACCCUGGAGUGGAAGAUUUUAUUCACUGUGGGAUACUGGCUAUGCAAAAAUACACAUUCCAAUAAUAGCAUCUGUAUCUGAACAUCAACCUACAACAUGGUUUAGCUUUCUCUUUGACUUGCAUAUUCUUGUUACCACAUUUCCUGUUGGCCUUUGGUACUGUAUUAAGCAUAUUAAUGAUGAACGUGUUUUUGUCAUUUUAUAUGCUGUAAGUGCUGUUUAUUUUGCUGGAGUGAUGGUGAGGCUUAUGCUCACUUUGACACCCAUUGUAUGUAUGCUGGCUGGUGUUGCAUUCAGUGAUCUUCUUGAGUUAUUCUUUAAAGAGGAAGAUAGUGAAAGAAAUGAUCGAAGCAGCAAUGCAAGUGAAGAAGAAAGUGAAGAAGAAAGAGAAAGAAGCCCUGGCAGAGCAUUGUAUGAUAAGGCUGGUAAACUUCGUAGAAUGAAACAUGAGCGACCUAGAGGAAAUGGUGAUGGAUUAGGUAUUAAUCUUCGAAAUGGAGUAGUCUUUGGUACAUUUAUAUUGAUGAUGAUGUUCACUUUACAUUGCACUUGGAUUACAAAUAAUGCAUAUUCGAGUCCUUCGAUUGUGUUGGCAUCAUAUAGUAACGAUGGUGGAAGAGCAAUACUAGAUGAUUUCAGAGAAGCUUACUACUGGUUAGCACAAAAUACACCUAUUGAUGCCAGAGUUAUGAGUUGGUGGGAUUAUGGUUAUCAGAUUGCUGGAAUGGCUAAUAGAACUACACUUGUGGACAAUAAUACUUGGAAUAAUUCUCAUAUAGCUCUGGUUGGAAAAGCAAUGAGCUCAAAUGAAAGCGCUGCCUAUGAAAUUAUGACCUCUCUAGAUGUAGAUUAUGUGUUAGUUAUUUUUGGAGGAAUGAUUGGAUAUUCUGGAGAUGAUGUUAAUAAAUUCCUUUGGAUGGUACGAAUUGCUGAAGGUGAACAUCCGCAAGAUAUUCGGGAAAGUGAUUAUUUCAGUGAAAGAGGAGAGUUUCGGGUAGAUUCUGAAGCCUCACCUACUCUUCUGAAUUCAUUAAUGUACAAGUUAAGUUAUUACCGAUUUGGAGAAGUCAAGAUAGAUUAUCGGUCACCUUCUGGAUAUGAUCGUACACGUAAUGCAGAAAUAGGAAAUAAAAAUUUCCAGUUAACGUAUUUGGAAGAAGCUUAUACCACGGAACACUGGCUUGUUAGGAUUUACAGGGUGAAAAAACCAAAUGAGUUUAAUAGACCUAGUAUUCCAAUAUCUAAGCGAGUUGUUGCACGUAACACCAAUUCAUACAUCAACAGAAAGACACCACGCCACAAGAAAGGUUACAUAAAAGGCCGGCCAACUAUUAUUAAAGGACAGAAACUUCAACGAAGAACUACGUAACAAACAUUUAUUAUCUAAUUCAUAACAGUUUUCAAAUACAACUUUUGUAAUAAAAAAAAAUUACCGUCCCUUGGGUCUACCACAAACUAUACCUCAAACUAAGAAUUUGAUAUCAUUACAAAUCGAAUCAAUUGAAAUAUAGAAUUUUAAAAAAUUUCCAACAUUUCAAACAAUUGGAAAGAUCGUUUCAUAAGCAUAAUGUAAGAAAAAAGGGAUCACACCAUUGAUUUUGUUCACCAAACUAUGUUUAUUUGUUGUUAAAUUUUCAGGAUUAUUAAAUAUUGUCCACAUAU